AUGGCCAGUGGUCAAAUGUUUUUAAUGCUUGCGCACUCAGAUUCGAUUCUCAUCUUGGAUCGACGGAUUUACACGACUCCCCUUAUUUCACCACCCGAAACUUCUGGACCACCUUCGCAGUCAGAAGCUAGUACUGAUUCUGCUAACCGUACCAGUGAUCGGGCACAGAGCAAUAUCGUUGCAACACCCCACGAUCGCUCCCAUCCAACUUCGGUUCAGUGUAACCCCCCGGACGAUCAGAUCCCAGUCACUAUAGCUGUGAAGACACCUUCUACCUUGGGUCGUGCCAUUGGAGUUACCAAGAAUGCAUAUCCGACAUCGAUUACCGGGUCGGAGAUUCCGAACAAAACUUGUUUCGCGUUGGUUUUGGACGCUAAUCGUUUGCUAUUGAGCAAGGUGAGUGUAACUGGAUCCGGUUAA